AUGCCUGUUAAUGGUAAUUUCGAUAUUAGCAAUGAAAUUCCAUGUUCUGAUAUCAAAGAAUACUUUUGGAUGAACCAUUCCGAUCUUACUUCAUUACCAUCAACAAUGAUCAUUUUUCUCACCAUUUAUGGUCUUAUUGUUAAACUUGGUGUUCUUGGCAAUACGUUAGUGAUAUUAUCAGUGAUACGACAUAAAUCAUUACAGGCAGUACGAAAUCUGUUUAUUGUCAACUUAUCAGUGACAGAUAUUGUUAUUUCAAUUGUUUCGGGAACAAUAACACCCAUUACAGCCUUUAAUAAAAUACGUUUACUGAAGAAACAAACGAGAACAUGUUCAUUUUAUCGAGAACAAACACUGAGGCGACGUUUGCAUGUGAAUCGUAUGCUAAUUUCAAUGGUUCGAGUGUUUGCUUGUUGUUGGAUGCCGACUGUUGUUUUCAACUUCCUCAAAGAUUAUCGUUGGUUGCCAUAUUUCGUCAAUGAACAAGAAUAA